UAAAAGAAAAUGAUUCAGGACUUUCUGUUUGCCUGCUUAAUGGUGUAUGUUGUUGGAACCUCCUAUGCCUUCUACUGCCAAAGAGGUCAGUACGUGAAUGGUUCCAACUGUGAGACAUGCCCAGAAGAAACUUUCGCACCUUACGACAACCACAAAAAUACUAGAUGCUCACCGUGUUCAGCACCAAAUAUCUUUGAGCGUCAAACCGUCGUGAAAAAAUGCACACCACACCAAGACACCAUCUUAGGAUGCAAACGAGGCUUUUUUAAACAAAUCUUCAGCGCGGAAGAGGUGUAUUGUAGCCGUUGUACAGACUGCUACAAGUUACGUCAAAUUCAGGUUAAAAGUUGCACAGAAAACAGGGACACGAUUUGUUGUCCAAUGACCGGAAUGUCUGUGACGUACAUGCCUGAUGGUACCAAUAGGUGUGUCGUGAAAUCGUCAGGGUUUGUCUGUCAGGAGGGGGAGUAUCUAACCUAUGAAGACGACAAGAAGCCAGUUUGCAAAGCUUGCCCUGAGGGGAGUUUCAACUCAGAAACUAAUCACCAAAACAUUAACUGCAAACCAUGCACACCACCUAUUCUAUACGACCACGAGAGAAUCAUCAAAAACUGCAGUAAGACUUCUGACACAGUUAUAGGUUGUCAGGAAAACUAUUUCCGUAUACCGGGAGAUGACGGUUGGUGUGCGCAGUGCGGACAAUGCGGCCAAAACGAGGCUGAACUACUGCCUUGUAGCAGCGACAGGGACAGAAUUUGUUGCCGCCAUCUUGGGGCAUUUGUCAAGUAUUAUCCGGAUGGCAGAUAUACAUGUUAAUUCUUGAUUAAAGGUUCAUUUCACGUGGACU